CAGGCACAGCAGAGGUGUUAGAGAUUAGUCUUCUUCUAAUUUUAGGUUUCUUCGUCAUGUUUCUCAUCUGAAGCUGGAGGUGGUCUGUUAGUCUUCUUUGUAUUGCAGUAAAUAUACACAGCGCUGGUGUCAGUGUUUCCUGGAAGCUGCUGCAGAGAAAAGCACAGACACUCUGACAUGUAGCGUCACACACAGAGGAAGGAGGAGGCUUUUACUGUCUGUCAAACUGCUGCUGAUCUCAGUUCAGCUGCAGAAUGGAGGGAACAUCUGUCCAGAGGCUGCUGGUUGUGAGCUCACUGCUGAUCUGCUCAACAAACCAAGCUCGUCUGACUGUGAGUCCCAGCAGAUCACAGAUGUUUGAAGGAGACUCUGUCUCUCUGAGCUGUGAGGAGGACGACAGCUCUGCUGGAUGGAGGCUGAGGAGGAACACAACCAAACAAACCAGAGCUGAGUGUGGAGCUGAGUGGGGAAAAUCAUCUGGUUCUUCCUGUAUCAUCAGCUUCAUCUUCCCAUUGGACAGUGGAGUUUACUGGUGUGAGUCCAGAGAGGGAGCAACCAGUAACAUCAUCAGCAUCACUGUCACUGGUGGAUCAGUGAUCCUGCAGAGUCCUGUCCUCCCUGUGAUGGAGGGACAUGAUGUCACUCUGCACUGUAAAACAAAGACUCCCUCCAACCUCCCAGCUGCUUUCUAUAAAGAUGGCUCCCUCAUCAGGACUGAGGCUACAGGUCACAUGACCAUCCACCAUGUUACCAAGUCUGAUGAAGGCCUCUACAAGUGUAACAUCGGCAGUGAUGGAGAGUCUCCACCCAGCUGGAUCACUGUCACAGAGAAACCCACCACACCUGGACCUACACCCACCCCCACCUCCUGUUCCUCCUCUUCCCCUUCUUCUAGUUCCACUGACACCACCUCUCAUCCUCCUUUCCCUGUGAGGAAGGUUGUCUGUGUCAGUGGUCUGGUUGUUCUGGUGUUACUGGUGUCAGUGGUUCUACUGGUGAAUCUAUAUCUCUGGAGGAAAUCUAAAGGAAACCACCUGCCCGUCUCCAUGGUGAUGACCCCGCCCACCCAGGCUGAGCAGGGAUUGGAUGAUGAUGAUGAUGAUGUCACCACAGAGCAUCACUUCUGACCUGAUCCAGUGUCUUCAGUGUUUUUUCUUUCUUAAUCAAAGCUAAAGUAUUUGAGUCGUCAGCGAAGAGGAAUCAGAUUUCAGUCGUUGAUCAGUCAGAAACAGUCGAGGACCCAGAUCACUUCCCUGUGGAACUCCACAUGUUCUAGUUUGACUUGUAGAUGAAAGAUGUUGAACUCAGGACGUUGGACUCGAGCAGCAGCAACAGUCUGACUUUAAACUCUUGUAAUCUUCUGAUGGAAGCAGCUGUGUGAGAGCAGCUCUGUCAGGUUUAAUGAAGCGAGAGUUGUGUUGUUGAUGUUUGUGUAGAUUUGCUUUAGAAGAAUCUCAGAGGCUUUAAAACUCAUCACAUCAAAUAAAACUAAAUAUGAGGAUCUUC